AUGAGCAGCGACCCUAAUGAUUGGGCUAGCAACUAUUUCUUGAAUAAUUUGUCGAGUAGCAACGACGACAAUAACGACAAAGACAACAAUAACCGAGUUCAUGGGAGCAGUGAAAAUACUCCAAGUGAUUCCGUGAAAAAUAUAGAAGAGGACGAUGCAGACGAUCCUCGUCCGAAUCUUCCAUGGCUACCAACCAUAAACAAAUUUAAUCCGAUAUCCGGGAACACCAUUGCAUCCAAAAUAAGGGCUACCUUUAAUUAUAGGCAAGAUGUCGAAGGUAGUAGUUGGAAGGGUAAACAAUACAAAUGGGACUCUCGCCUCGAACAUUUCGUUCGAAGGUCGUGGGAGGAAAAAGCCGCAAAGCGCUACGCGGAUAUGCUUUUCAAAUGGCGUAGGACGUUGAAAAGCAAGUCCGACUUUAAACGUCCUUCCAUCGAUAAUGAGACCUGGGCGCGAUGGAAGGCUGAUUGGGAACACCCAGAUAAUAAAGCCGUUUCGGCUAGGAAUUCCUCCAAUAGACGUGGAGGAAGAGGCAAAGUUGAAGCCACCCAUAUAGGUGGCUCAAUCCCGCACGCUAGAACAAUGCGGGAUUUGGAACAUUCAAAAGGUCAAAGACCCACGGCCUAUGAAAUUUUUUGA